UGGAGUUCUUGGAGACUGGGACACUGGCAGACUGGCGGACUGGGAGACUGGGAGACUGAGAGACUGGGAGGCUGGGACACUGGGAGGCUGGGACACUGGGACACUGGGAGACUGGGAGACUGGGAGACUGGGUGCCAAGGAGCUUGCUGGGAGGUUUGGAGCCAUGGAGACUGGAAGGUUGUUAGGAUGGGAUCCUGGGUGACUCAGAGCCUGGAAGAUUGGCUGGGAUCCUGGGAGACUGGGUGCCUAAGAGCUUGUGAGGUUGGGAGCCUGGGACACUGG